AUGAAGAUGCUCCUUAGAGAAAAGUAUGGAGACCCGUACAGAAUAUCGAAUGUCUACCUGAAGAAAAUCAAUGAAUGGCCCACCAUUUGGACCGGUGAUGAACAGGCUCUAAACAAAUUUUCUGUAUUUCUUACCCAGCGCCGAGGUGUUAUUACAAAGCUAACCUUCCUAUCAAUCCUCAAUCAUCCACUAAAUUUGCAGAGCAUGGUGGCCUUGCUUCCUUCCCAGCUCCAGGACAGGUGGUGCCAUGAAGCCAGUAGAACAAGAAUGUCUGAGAGAGAGAUUCCUGCCCUUGGAAACUUCGUAAAAUUUGUGAACGCCAAGGAGCCUGCUUCCGUUGUUCCCAUCGCCCCUGUCAGAUUAAGAUCAGGAUCUAGAGAGAGUGAAGAACCUAAAUACGCCAUGCUAGACAUGUGCAGCACUGGAUCAUUUGUUCUUGAGGACAUUGCAGAUAGCCUGGGUAUAAAGGGAGCUGAUACACGAUUAACGGGGAAGACCAUGAAUGGAAGGCAAUUGCAAGACACAAAGAUCCAAAAUGGAUCAGUUUUCUCAGAUCUGAGAGGCAAAAAUUGCGUUCAACUGCCAAAGGUAUUUACAAGUGAAGACCUCUCCCAGCGAGAAGAUCUGUUUUCCCACAAAGUCGUCCACAAAUGGAAACAUCUCAAGAGCACUGCUGACGAUUUACCACCACAGAUACCUGGCGCCAAGAUUGGCCUUUUCAUCACACAAGCACACUCUCAAGACGAUAAGAAGUUCGUACUGAUACUUUAUGGAAUGAUGUUUGAUAGCUUUACAAAGGUUAUCAAGUUUCAAACUGCUUUUGGAGGAGUUCAGUGUAUUUUGUCUGUUGGAUCGCUGGGUUACAUUCUUGGCCUUUUACAAAAGUAUCAUGACAGUGAUAGACUUAACUUCAACUGCGAUCCUAAACCCAGUGAUUUUAUCAGACAACGUUGCUAUAACAGCUACAUUUCCACAGUUACCAAGCCUCAUGGGUUAAUACCUCGGAAUGUUGUUGCCAUGACACUCGGUAUUUUGUGCGCAUGCUGGAUCAGCUUUGCAAUUUUUGGCGCUGUGACCCUUCAAAAAAGAGCAGGACACAGAAAUAACAAAAACACAAAGACAUUUCUUUGCGUCUACUUCAUCCAUGUAAUCUUUCGAAUAUUGUUCCUGGGUGUUAUGCUGGGGCUGGUUUGCAGUUACCAGACAAUUUCUUUACCUUCCAGUUUUAAGUGUGAUGUUAAUAAGAUCUUGCCGACCAACAGUCAAACCACGCUGAGUCCACUCAAGCAGACAAAUAGAACAUUGCAAUGUAAUGAUCUUCAUCACCAGGAGAAAUCAAACCUAAAUAAAGCUUUCAUCUCUGUCGAUGCCUUUUUUAUGGUGGUUAGUAUAUUAGAAGUCCUACACUUGUGCCGUAACAGGAGAGACUAUCUACAAGUGUUGGUUAAAUACCCUGAAAGCGCUGAGUUUGACAUGCUUCUGCUAGGUUUACCUGAGAAACCAACCAUCACAAACACAGAAGUAGAAGUUAACAAGGAUCUCAUGGUUACCUGGUCAGAAGCUGAGGUCAACAACAGUAAUGGUAACAUUAAAUACCGUCUGGAAUGGAGGAAACAACCGAUGACAGAAUCCACAGAAAUGGUUCUACGAGGAAAUAUAGAGGACACUCACCUCAAGAUCACUGGUCUUGAGUAUGACGCAGAGUACGAAGUGAAACUGUUUGCUGUCAACGAACAAGGAGACAGUGAGCCAGAUGUCAGAAGAUUUAAGACAAAGAGUGGUUUACCUGAGAAACCAAUCAUCACAAACAUAGAAACAGAAGUUGACAAGGAUCUCAUGGUUACCUGGUCAGAAGCUGAGGGCAACAGCAGUAAUUGCAGCAUUAAAUACCGUCUGGAAUGGAGGAAACAAUUCAUGACAGGAUCCACAAAAGUCUUUCAACAAGGAGAUAUUGUUGAAACUCGCCACACGAUAACUGGUCUUGAGUAUGACACAGAGUAUGAAGUGAAACUGUUCGCUGUCAACAAACAAGGAGACAGUGAGCCAGAUGUCAGAACAUUUAAGACAAAGAGUGGUUUACCUGAGAAACCGACCAUCACAAAUACAGAAACGGAAGUUGACAAGGAUUUCACUGUUAUGUGGUCAGAGGCUGAGGCCAACAGCAGUAAUCGCAGCAUUAAAUACCGUCUGGAAUGGAGGAAACGACCGGUGACAGGAUCCACAGAAACGGCUCAACUAGAAGCUAUAGAGAGAACACACCUUAAGAUAACUGGUCUUGAGUAUGACACAGAGUACGAAGUGAAACUGUUCGCUGUCAACAAACAAGGAGACAGUGAGCCAGAUGUCAGAACAUUUAAGACAAAGAGUGAUUUACCUGAGAAACCAGCCAUCACAAAUACAGAAAUAGAAGUUGACAAGGAUUUCACUGUUACCUGGUCAGAGGCCAACAACAGUAAUGGUAACUUUAAAUACCGUCUGGAAUGGAGGAAACAACCGGUGACAGGAUCCACCGAAAUGGUUCAACGAGGAAAUAUAGAGGACACUCACCUCAGGAUUACUGGUCUUGAGUAUGACGCAGAGUAUGAAGUGAAACUGUUCGCUGUCAACAAACAAGGAGACAGUGAGCCAGAUGUCAGAACAUUUAAGACAAAGAGUGGUUUACCUGAGAAACCAACCAUCACAAAUACAGAAAUAGAAGUUGACAAGGAUUUCACUGUUACCUGGUCAGAGGCUGAGGCCAACAGCAGUAAUGGUAACAUUAAAUACCGUUUGGAAUGGAGGAAACAACCGGUGACAGAAUCCACAGAAAUGGUUCAACGAGGAAAUAUAGAGGACACUCACCUCAAGAUCACUGGUCUUGAGUAUGACGCAGAGUAUGAAGUGAAACUGUUUGCUGUCAACGAACAAGGAGACAGUGAGCCAGAUGUCAGAACAUUUAAGACAAAGAGUGAAUGCCUCAUAAAACUAACAACUAAUUCUUUUUCAGAUGGAUUUGACCCAACUGUAAUUAUUGAUAAUAUUCGUAAACUCUACAAAAAUCGGGAAGGUUGGCUGGCACCGUUUCCCUGGUGUGAAGAUUUUCACUUCUCCUUUGACGACAUCUACACCAGACUUAAAGUCAUCUACAGAAAGAAAACGAAAGGAACAGCAACAGACCGAGUUGUCACGAUGUCUGAAAUCUUCAACCAGCACGAAGAAUGUGAAGAACCAAGAGUGUGUUAAUUGAAGAAGCCUGGUAUGGGAAAGACCACUUACUGUAAAAAAGUUGUUUUCGACUGGGCCUCAGGAAAACACGCAACCGGAAAUUGCUUCGCAAACAUCGUAAUAGUGCUUUUGAUCAAAUGUCGUGAUGUUCAGUCUGGCCUUUGGGAGGCCAUUGAAGAUCAACUUCUGCCUCGAGAAGUUGGUGAAGACCAACGUGAGAGAUUCUUCGACUUCAUUCGCCACAAUCAAUCUAAUGUUCUUCUGGUACUCGAUGGAUUGGAUGAAGUUUCUGAGAAGAAGCUACCUAUGUUUUCAGAAAUUAUUCAAGGGCGAGUACUGCCAAACUGUCGCGUGGUUGCUACGGCACGACACGAAGCUGGAGUCAAAGUUCGAAAAUACUGCGACACGCUGUUAGAAGUUAAGGGAUUUACUAAAGAAGAUGUACAAUCCUUCAUCAGAAAGUACUUCAAAGCCGAACCAAACUUGGCCAAGCAGCUUAUCGCACACCUGUAUAUUGAUCGCAAGUUAUAUGAAGUAUUGACGAAUCCUCUCAACACUGCGCUUCUUUGCCUGGUCUAUGAAGAUUUGAAAGGUGUAUUUCCUGAAAGCAGAACGAAGCUGUACAUGGAAAUAGUGGAGUGUGUACUAAGAAGGUACAGAACAAAGCAGCAACUACCAGAAAACGGUGAAGACCUUGUUGACCUUUACGAAAGCCAAUUGAAACACCUUGGUUCGAUAGCUUUGAAAGGUUUACUUGAAGACAACUUGGAUUUUGACGAGAAGGAGCUUGGAAAACACAAAGCAAGCGAUUUACCUGGAUUUGGAUUUCUGUCAGUUCAGCCUGGAGGCAGUAAACUAAGACCAACUAGACGUUAUAGCUUUCUUCACAAGACUUUCCAAGAAUUCUUCGCAGCCUUCUAUCUCAGUUGUCAGCUUAUCAAGAAAGAAAUCAGUACAAACAGCAUAGCUGCUGGCAAAAAAUAUCGCCAUCAACUGAAAGAAGUGCUUCUGUUUACAUUUGGUAUGCUAGCAGCACGAUGCGAGGAAACAGUGGUGAACCUUCUGAAAAGCAUAGCAACACAGUUAAACCAGGAAGAAGAGGAAGACGUGGACGUUAUAUUAGAGUGUGUUAAUGAAUGCAAAAAGAAGAACAAAAAUGUUGAUGAAAAAUUGGCUACCGCUCUUGGCGCUUCUCUUCAAACUGAAACUGUUAAAGUUUCAAGUGUAAAAGUGGAUGAAACUCUAGCUGUCUUUUUAAGCAACUUUCUGAAAACAAAUACAACUGUGACAAAAUUAACAUUGAAUACACUUUCGCAAGAUGGGGUUGCCCCUCUUGCAGAGUGUUUGAAAUAUAAUGCAUCGCUGGAAACGUUGAUCUUGUGUGUUUAUGGAAUUGGUAUUGAUGGUGCUGCUGCUCUGG